AUGGCGGAGCCGCCAUCUCCAGCAGUCAAGGAGGCCAAAGGAAAGCCAGGCGCAUCAUGGAAAAAGGAUGAAGAGCAUGUCGUCCCCAAAAAUCGCAUAGGCAUUGUGUUCUUUGGCUUGAUGUGCUGUACAUUUUUGGCAGCUUUAGAUCAAACUAUUGUAGCCACCGCUUUACCCACAAUCGUAGCUGAACUUGGAGGGGGUAAUAACUAUAGUUGGGUAGGAAGUGCUUACAUGUUGGCGUCCGCUUCUUUGGGCCCGGUAUAUGGCAAGCUGUCUAACAUUAUAGGCGACACGCGGGUCUCAUUCGGCUUUGACCUCGUAUCUCAGAUUGGCUCAGCGCUGUGUGGUGCAGCUCAGAAUAUGACAUGGUUGAUUGUCUGUCGCGCAAUUCAAGGAAUUGGCGGUGGGGGCAUCAUACAGCUCGUGCAGAUCACUAUUUCCGACAUUGUUUCAUUGCAAGAUCGAGGCAAGUAUGGUGGCUUCAUUGGUGCCACUUGGGGCAUAGCAAGUGUUGUCGGACCGUUACUCGGCGGCGCUUUCACCGAUCAUAUAUCUUGGAGGUGGUGCUUCUGGAUUAAUUUACCGACUGGCGGCGUAGCUGGGGCACUUUUAUUCUUUUUCUUAAACUUAAAUCCCCACCAAGGAAGGCCAUUCCGCGAACAUAUCCAGGAAUUUGAUUUCGUUGGGCUUUUUUUGAUCGUCACAGGUGUCGUUUGUCUGCUUGUAGGUUUCAACUCGAGCGAAACGACAUGGCAAAGCGCCGAAACCAUUGCCCUCCUUGCUGUGGGAGGCACGUUGCUCAUCAUUGGUGGUAUCAAUGAGAUUUUCACAAAGCGGUCACCCAUUAUUCCUCCUCGUCUUUUCAAGACACGUACAACCGGCUUGAUAUUAGUUUCUACGUUCUUGCAUGCUGUGGUAUUCUUUUCAGGUACGCCACGUAUGCAAAUCUGUCUUGGCUACCUUCCAAUGUAUUACCAAGUUCUUGGCGCAUCGGCAACAAGUUCUGGCAUCAAAAUGCUUCCUUAUUCAUUGAUCAGUGCGCUUGUGGCGGCGAUUUCUGGAAUUAUUGUGGCUCACACAGGGUCCUACCGCCCUAUCAUGUGGUUUGGAUGGACUGUCAUGACUGUUGGUUCGGGCCUCAUGAUCAUGCUGGAAAAUACGACCGCUAUUGCGGAGCAGGAGAUCUACCCCCUUAUUUGUGCCCUCGGACUCGGUUGCUUGUUCCAGACCCCACUUAUUGGCAUACAGGCAGCCAUGCCCAUUAAGGAUAUGGCUACCAGUACAGGUGCAUUUGUUUUCCUUCGAACUCUUGGGGGCACGGUGGGUAUUACGAUCGGGGAAGCUAUCAUUUCCAGUGUCCUCCAGCAGAAAAUACGGGGUAUCCAAGGCCUCACCAUCGACACCUCUACUGCGGGUUUGAAUGAUAGCGUCAGGCAGAUUUCUUCCAUUUCUGACCCAACAGUGCGUAAUGAGGUCAUGCAUGCUUACACGCAGUCUAUCAGCACGGUUUGGUUGGUCAACACGCCGCUAGCUGCUUUCGGUCUCUUUCUGGUUCUCUUUAUUCGUGGCUAUACGCUCAAGCGCACAGUCAUCCGCGACGGCGAGAAGAAGGUAGAAGACGUUGAGAAGGGUGCCGAGCAUGCGACAGUUGAAGAAGGCUCACGAGCCACGGAAUCUGAGUCUUUGGACAACGAGAAGAGACCAGCCUCCUGUGAUGACGCUACUGAAUACACACGAAGAGAUUCGGCAGAAGAUUCUAGCAACCAGAAGACGGAAGCAUAG